AUGCCCAACUUCAACCGCCUGGUUCGUUUCAAAGAUACUGAUGAAAAUAUCAGAUAUGGCGAGGCCCCUUCUUCAGGAAAAUUGAUAGGCUCUGAGGUAGAGGUCUACAGUGGAACCGAACCCUGGAAUCUAAGUCCGACAAAGGAGAGAGCAGUAAUUUCCGAGGUUCUUGCUCCGUUGAAUCACACUCCGAUUAUUUAUGGAAUUGGUUUGAAUUAUAAGACGCACAUAGCUGAGGCAGGCUGGCCAACUCCUCCAUAUCCCACCGUGUUUACGAAGCCCCCUGGAGCUCUCAAUGGCCCAUUCUCGACGGUUCCCGUUCAUCCACAAUGCACUUUGAUGGACUAUGAAGGGGAGUUGGCUGUUAUUAUUGGGAAAGAUUGUAAGGACGUCGGUGAUCCCGCAGACGCUCUCGAGUUCGUAUUGGGAUACACUGCGGCAAAUGAUGUGAGUAGUCGAUACUGGCAGGCACCGGAGAUCAGCGGUCAGCAGCAUGGAUAUGCGAAGAGCUUCGAUGGGUUUGCUCCUAUUGGACCUGUGCUCGUCUCUACGACAGCCGCUGGGCCUGUUGGUGACAUGGUCCUCGUGACCCGAGUUAAUGAUCAGGAACGGCAACGAGCCAAACUAGACGAUCUUCUGUUUGGCGUUGGUGAUUUGAUUGUUCACUUAAGCCGCGGCACAACUUUAAAGGCAGGCACUAUCAUAUUAACUGGAACCCCGGGCGGAGUUGCAGCCUUCAUGAAGCCGCCUGCCUGGCUCAAGACAGGUGACACAGUGGAGGUAGAGAUAUCGGGCAUCGGAAGCAUUUUGAACGAGUACGUAUAUCAAUGA